AUGUCGCAGCCACAGGCACGGGCGGAGCAGGCAUGCCAAUGCCACAGCUGUACAGCACUCCCGACAGUACGCACGCAGCUUCUCGACUUCCUCACGGCCCUAGACAUUGAAGGAGACGAAGAUAUCAGCACCGCAAGUUGCAUCCUCAACGAUCUCGAGAACCUCCAGACUUCGAUUGCACUCAGACACGAAGCCGCCGCUAGGGUAGCCGCCGCGAAUGGGUUGCACAGUGUCGAGCAUCAGGUCCCAUCUCGGAAAGACUCGGUCGUGCUCACGAGGAGCGGUGAUGCUAUGGUCUGCGAUCACUGUGCCUUCCAUGGUAUCCCGUGCGAGAGGUCGCCAGUGUGCGUCGCUUGUAGCCUCAUGGAGCAGCCUUGCAUCCGCAGAUGGUGUGCCCUUGAGGGAGGCCAGCAUGGCGCAUGCACCGAUUGCCAAUGUUGCUAUGCACACGGAGAGUUCCUACCUAUCGACGAGCCGUCGCUCAGCACCGAAGACUACAUCAUCCUUCCAGGUGAAGUGCCGGAGCGAUGCGCUAGCAAUCUCAUGACGACCAGUUCCACUGCGAAGUCCCGAUGGGUUCCGACAAUCGGUGCGUUGAAGCAGAAACAGCAGGAAGCACGCCAGCAGCUGUUUGAAUGGUCAGGCGGGGACGACGAGAAGGUUCGAGAACUAUACUACCCUUGCGGUGAUGGAUGCAGGGCGGGUCUUGUGUCGAAGGAGAGCAAGGCACCUUCGGCGGACGUACAGAUGCUGAAAGCGCUAGGCAAGAAGCUUCUGGGGAAGUCAUGA